UACCCAUUCAAUGAUUCAAUAAUUGAAACCAACAUUUUAAUUCCUGACCCCUUUCUUUCCCAAUCUCAGCAAUCACCUUUAUUAUCACAGACUCACAGGAAUUAGAUCAAAUCCACCCCCCACCCCAACCCCCCACACACAAAAAAAAUGGCUGAGUUAGUUCUAGGCGCAUUUCUUCCAGUAAUCGUUGAGAAAUUGGCAUCCGCUGGGAUAAGCCAGUUUCUGAAGUUGACAAAGGGGAAGAAGAUCGAGGCUGAAACCAUACAAAAAUGGGAACAUACCCUUAGAAUGAUUGCAGCACUGCUCACUGACGCUGAACAUGAACAUCGGCGUCAAACUGAUAAGGGCGCUUUUUUGAAAAAAUGGUUUGAAGACCUCGAAGACUUGGCUUACGACUUGGAGGAUAUCCUGGACGAGUUUGCCACUGAAGCUCAACUUUUUAUGCUGCAGAAGGAAGCCAAGGAGGAAGAUGAUCAUGAUGUUCACGAUGCUGUCAUCACCGGUUUUUUCGACUCUGCUAAACAUAAGGUUAAAAGCUUUUUAGCUUGUGGUUCUACAGCCGGACAACAAUUUCAAUAUUCUAAGGGAGACAUUCCAUCCAGAAUCAGAGAUAUUAGCAUCCGCUUAGAAUGUAUUCACACUCAGGCUAUAGACUUUGGCCUUAUAGCCAAUAGCAUCAUGCAGCAAGAGACACACCGAACACAAGCAUCAAAUGCAAGCUGGCGACAGUCCACAUCUUUAGUUUGCGAAAAAACUAUGUAUGGAAGGGAUGACAAGAGAAACGAGAUUAUUGAGAAGUUGUUGAAGGAUGAGCCCAGUUAUGAAAAUGUUGUUGUCAUUCCUAUUGUAGGAAUGGGCGGCGUUGGGAAGACCACUCUUGCUCAAUAUGUAUACAACGAUGAGCAGCAAUUGAAGGGUCACUUUGAUCUCAAGGCAUGGGUGUGUGUAUCAGACGUGUUUGAUGUCACACGUAUCACAACGGAGAUUUUGAACUCGUUUACCAAUGGUAAGCACAGUUUUAGCAGCUUGAAUCAGGCACAAGAAAACUUGCUGGAGGUGCUAAAAGGCAAAAAAUUCUUAAUCAUUCUUGAUGACAUUUGGUCUGAGGAAUACAGUGAUUGGAGUAGACUCCAAACACCUUUCAAACACGGAUUAAAAGGAAGCAGGGUUAUUGUUACUACAAGAAAAGAUAUCAUUGCGAAGAUGGUGAUUAGUAAUCCAACUCAAAACACCACCAUCUAUCUAAAAGGUCUUUCUGAUGAUGAUUGUUGGUGCAUAUUUCAGCAGCACAUAAAUGAUGAUCCUGACCUUGAUGAGAUGCGGGAUGAUAUUGUAAAGAAGUGCGCAGGAUUGCCUUUGGCUGCAAAAGCUCUAGGAGGUCUCCUCAAAAGUAUAGUGGAUAAGCGCCAGCGUCGAAGUAUAUUAGAGAGUAGUAUUUGGAGCGAGAAGAGCGAUAUUUUACCUGUUCUACUCUUGAGUUACCAUAAUUUGUCAUCUAAUCUGAAGCGCAGCUUUGCAUACUGCUCUGUACUUCCUAAAGAUUAUGAAUUCGAUGAGAUGGAAGUCGUCUUAUUGUGGAUGGCUCAGGGCUUUAUACCAGAAGACAAUAGCGAAAAAAUGGAAGAUGUAGGCCAUGACUACUUUUUUGAUCUAGUAUCAAGGUCAUUAUUUGAAGAAUGCUCCCCUUCUGAUUAUUAUGGAGAAACACUAAGGAAGUUCAUCAUGCAUGACCUUAUCCACGAUUUGGCUCAAUGGGCUGCAGGGGACAUGUGUUGUGUAAUGGGAGCUAUGAAUACACAAACAAUUCCGAAAAGAACUCGCCAUAUAUAUCUUACUGAGAAUGAUGUUGAUGAAAUGUUGGGAAAUAAACUCUUGAAUCCUCCUCAAUUGCGAACUUUACUUCUUCCAGUCAUGGAAUAUUGUUUUCCUGUUAACCUAAAGAUUGAAAUUCUGGAAUGUGUUCAAAGAUUUACGAAUAUACGCACUCUGCGUCUAUGUUCUACAAAAAUUGAAGUGCUGCCAGAGUUUAUUGGUAAUAUGAUACACCUGCGGUAUCUUUUACUCCAGUUACUAAAAGUUAGAGUAUUGCCAAAAUCAAUUAGCAAACUCUGCAACCUCCAAACACUGGACCUGCGAGGUUGUUAUUACCUUCAAAAGGUCCCAGAUGUUAGGUUCCUGAAAAAACUUCGACAUCUGCACAUUAAAGGGACUAGUUUGCAAGAAAUGCCACUGGGAAUGGGAAGAUUGAAAAGCCUGCAAACUUUGGAUAGUUUUGUCUUAACAGCUGGGUGCGGGUCCAGGAUACAAGAGCUGAGCAACUUUCUUCAACUUAAUGGCAGCUUAAGCAUCUCCGGACUACAAAAUGUGACAAACGUUGGGGAUGCACGAGAUGCCCAAUUGCAUGAAAAACAGGGGAUUGUUGAGCUGCUUCUAGAAUGGGGGUAUAUCGAGGAUAAUGUUGAUGACAACACUAAAAUCCAAGUGUUAGAGCACCUGAAUCCUCAUACUUCCAUCGAAGAAUGUUUCUUAAGAAGCUAUAGGGGCUCGACAUUCCCAACUUGGUUGGGAGAUUCCUCUUUUAGUCUCAUGGUUAAUAUAGAGCUCAUGGACUGUAAGAAAUGUGAAAGCCUGCCUCCACUAGGACAGCUACCCUCGUUGAAAAAUCUUAAGGUUGAAGGCAUGGAUGGUAUUAAGCAUGUAGGGCUGGAAUUUUACGGGAGUCUUGGGUGUUCAAUUUCUUUUCCAGCUCUAGAAACUCUAAGUUUUCACAACUUGAAAUCAUGGGUGAAGUGGGUGCACUUACCAGUUGAAAACAACAAGGCAUUCCCCUGCCUUAAAAAGCUUUCAAUUACACGUUGUAAAUCUUUACAAGAUGAUCUCCUUCCGAAUUUACCUUCUCUUAAAGAACUCCUUAUUGAAUCUUGUCCAUCUACUACCGCUAUUAGUCAGAUUCCUUUGACCAUCCAAUCAUUGGAGAUUAAUAAAUGCGAGAAGCUACGUGCUGUUCAAUUUAUUGAAUUAGCAUCUUCCUCUUGUAACGACAAGGAGAUUGAAGAAAAAAGAGUAGUAGCAGGAGCAGAAAAUGUUGGUUCUCUAGAGGAUACAGUAAAGCCACAUGGACUCUCUGCAAAGGUUGGAUCUCAACUUCCCCACCUCACCAAAGUGAGAAUAAAAAAAUGCCCUAAUCUCAUAUUGUUACUAGAAGGUUUUCUCUACCCAGCUUUAAAAGAGCUUGAAUUCAAAGAUUGCAACAAUAUGGAAGGUCUUCCUAGCCAGAUGCACAAGUGUACCAACCUCCGAACAUUAUCCAUUCAAAAAUGUCCAAGAAUCGAUUGCUUUCCCAAAGGGGGUUUACCCAAAAACCUGAAAAAUCUUGAAAUUGAAGGUGUAAACAUAAAGCAGCAUGUACAAGAAUCGGGGUUGCACCUCCUUAAUUCACUUGAUUAUCUUACCCUUGCAAAUGUAGGCAGGUCCUCAGACUCAGCAGAGUGUAGUUCUAGUCCGCGCUCAGAUCUUCAUCUACCGUCUUCCUUGUCUGUGUUACUCCUUAAUUUCCCAAAUUUGAAAUCCAUAUCAUGCGGCAGUACAAGUCCCAACCUCACUCGACUUCGGGUCAUUGAUUGUGCAAAGCUUGAAUCCUUGGUUGGAUACGACUUAACCUUGCUUACUGAUCUAUCACUUAAUAGUUGCCCAGCAUUCCUUCACUACUUAUUAGGCGGUCCACCCAUCAUCAGUUCCAUCUCUCGUAUUGGUGACUUUACUUUGCUUACUUAUCUAUUUAUUAGGGAUAUGACCAACAUAGACAAGUUGAUACGAGACUGGGGAUUGAACCUUCUAACUUCUCUUCAUUAUCUUACUCUUCACAAUUUAGGCAGAUCCACAGAUUCAGUAGAGUGCAUCCCGGGUCCGGAACUUCGUCUUCCCUCUUCCUUGAGGGAAUUAGAUAUCAUGGGUUUCCCAAAUUUGAAAUCCACAUCAUGUCGUUCUAGCUUUCCCAAGCUGCGUAUGUUGUCUAUCCAGUGUUGCCCCAAGUUUGAAUCCUUUGGUGACAAUGGCCUUCCUUCAUGGCUUAGAGAAGUGUAUAUUUAUGAUUGUGAUUUGAUAGAACAACAUUUAAAAACCAAUCCUGUAGACGAUAUAAUUAUAGGCUCGGAGUAUCGUGGUCGUUACUUUUAAAGUUGGAUCGAUUUUGUCUGCUAGCAAAUUACGUGAAGUUUUCCCAGACUUGGAUUGGUUUCACUGGAAGCAUUUUGUACUACGUGGUCUUUUCUUACGCUUGCAUCUCCUUCAACAAUCCUUUUUAGCCUUUGAUACUGCUCAUUUGAAGAGCUUGAAAUACUAGUAGGUAUUCUGCCAAAGUCAAAAAGCUUGAGACAUCUGAUUUAUAAUUAUGUGAAGAUUUCCAGUGCUUGGUCGGACACUUGGAUUGGUUUCUCAAAGGAAGCAUUUGGUAAUACAUGUUCUUUUCCUAAGCUUGCAACUCCUUCAACAAUUGUUUUUAGGCUUGCAGCCUUGAGUACUGGCCAUUUGAAGAGCUUGUAAUACUAGCAGGUCUUCUGCCAAAGUCAAAAACCUUAAGACAUCUGCUUUAUAAAUAAGCAUAAGUUAAUAUAUCCUGGAUGGUCUAUAUGAUUUAUAUAUGUUGGCCUUAUUGGUGAUGCUACUAGAUCAGCACAAGAGUAUCAUAUGAACAGGGAGCUACGUCUUAGAGCAGCUCACUUACUGCAUUGUCGUGGUAAACUGGUAAUCACAGUCUUAGUAUCGCGUUUAGGGAAGACGAUAUAGCAGAUGAGGCUUCUGGUUGCAGUCUUGGACUUGUACUAUGGGUUUCAAUGUGUCGUUUCAGGAACUGCUGAGAGGCUGUGAGUGGCAAAACAAUCUGGUCCAGUAGAAUCUUGGAGAUUCUUAUUUUGUUGUGGCACUUCCCUGUGCUGUGCUGCUCGAAUUUAUCUCACAUAUGACCAAGCACUGAUUGCAGGGACUUUGGAUACACUCUAUAUGUGGGUCAUAAAUCGAAGCUCUAGUACUAGACAAUAGUUUUAUGCAUAAAUUAGGAAAAGAAGAGGAUACGAAAGCUUUUACAAGAAUUCACAAUAAUCCUGACUCCUGAGAUAUUCAUGCCAACUUGAGGAUUAUUUAUGUCUUUGGCAAAGCAAUUAUUCAGAAGAUUAUGCUGAUAAGUGAUGACUAUGAAAGACAAUUUAUUUCUACUUCUAAACUUUAUGCAGUGGCUGAUAAAAUUUUCAUGUCACUUAAGAAAAGCUCUAUGUACAAUGUGAUAAAGAUCAUGAUCCAUAUCCUCCAGAUCAUGCAACAUUGAAUCCCACUUAAUAUGUCAACUUAUCUUUUGUAAUAUUGUAAUAAUAUCGUUAUCUUCUAUCUUUAUAUAGCAUAAUCUUUUGUAUUA